AUGACGACUCCAGGCGAUGGCGGACCCCCGGAUAAGGGCAAGAAUGCAGAACGCGGCACUUUGGGCAAAUAUGUGAAGAGAAUGAGCACGGUUUUCAAGAGAGAGAAGUCAAACAAAAAUGUGCCUGUGCUAGCGCAAGAGGCACCUUCCACAUCCAAGGCCGAGCAGCGACCCUCAAAGCCUACCGAGGAAGUCGCAAAGCAGGACAACACGAAACCUCAAGUUAUACCUGUCACUCCCAUUACUCCUGGUGUAUCGGCCCCACCCACUCCUACAACCAGGGACACGGAUCGCAAUGCUAUGCAGCAAGAAAGAGCUCGUGCACUUUUCGCCAAGUAUGGCCUCACCCUGGAGUCUCACGAAUGGAUCGCAGCGCCAGCAGCUAAACCCGCCGUUGAACGUGUCGAGAAGUCUAUCCGUAUGCGUGUCCACCGCAGCUGCCACCGUUGCGGAACCCUCUACGGCUCAGACAAGGUGUGCCGACAAUGCGAGCACAAGCGCUGCAAGAAGUGCCCCCGCUAUCCGAAGAAAAAGACACCUGAAGAGAAGCAGGCAGAAAAGGAGAAGGAGGGCACUGGUCAGCCCAAGAGGAAGAGAAUGCUUACCAUCCGUACCCGCGGCGGUGACGAACUCGUGUACCAGCCAACAAGGCAACGCAUCCGACGCACAUGCCACAUGUGCGAGACGGUCUUUGUUCCCGCCACGGCAACCAUAUGCGAGAAUUGUCAGCAUGUGCGAUGUACCAAGUGUGCACGUGAGCCAGCCAAGCUGAACAAGUGGCCCGCCGGUUAUCCUGGAGAUGCCGAGCCCGACAGCGAGACGGAGGUUGAGAAGCAGCUGGAGAAGUUUAGACGAACUUGGCGAAAGCCAAGAAUGAGGGUGCGAUGGCAGUGUGAACAGUGCAGUAGUCUCUUCUUGAACAACUCGCCCCAGUGUCCUGGUUGUGGUCACGAGCGGUGCGACAGGUGUACGAGAUCACCUAUCAAAAAACCGGAGAAAGGCGAGCAGUUUGAUGCUGAGGUUGUUGCGGCUGUAGAGGCUAAGCUGAGAGCGAUGGAGGUCGACGAUGAUUCGCCGUCAUCGGCAGCAGAGGCUACUUGA